CUGCAAUCUUUUUUCUGAAGUCACGUGAUACAAACAUUGACGUCUUGGAAUGUCCGUAGGACAUUAUGGCGGUCUAAAUAAUAACACAGACAAAAUUUUAAAAAUGGAUACCUUUAUGUGAUAAUUGAACGUACCAGUAUUAAAAGAACAGAUUUUAAUUGAAGCAUGGUAGAAAAUGAGGAAAGCUUUAUGGCAUUUUCAACGACAGAAUCACCAGUUUAUGGUGGCAAUAUUAUCACAUUAGAGAUACCAGAAGAAGCCAAUGUUCGACCUCCACUGUAUUUUGUAUAUGAAGGUUCUAAUCAAAGACAUAUUACCCUAGGGCAUUACCAUCAAGGAAAAGUUCAGUCAUUAAUUCCAGAACAUGAUUUUGAAGAACAGCUUCAGUUGAACUUCUGUGGUUACCUUAACAACGAACUGUGUAUCCUAGCAACAUCAGCAUUCCAGUAUUACAAAGACAGUACCUAUUAUUUAGCAUGGUAUCUUAUUAAUAGUGUGUAUAAUAGUAAUUCUUUGGAUGACCUUGAACUUGUAAGGUCAGAUGACUUUGACCUUUCUAAUGAAAUCUUGGAUACACUGGAUGACAGACUUUAUACUGCAUUAACCCAUUUAGAAGUACAAAUACCAGAACAUUGGACAGUACUUGGAGAUUUUAAAACAACAGAUAUAACUCAGCCUCUGGACAAGUCAACUUUAUUACAUUUUACUGCACAGUUAGGACUGUUUAGAGUGGCAUCAUUUUUCUUGGACAAACCUGGAGGAGAUAUAGCAUUAAAAACACCAAAUCGUCAUGGUUACUUGCCGAGAGAAAUAGCAGCCGAGCAUGGUUACACAGAACUUACAGAAUUGUUAACUGAAUACAGUCAGAAUUUUGUUCGAUUGGAUCGUAGACCAAUUUUUCAUCGCCAUGGUAUUAUUCAUUUCCAAGAGAAUGGUGAUUAUACGCUAACAACAUAUCUACAGAAACCUAUAGGGGAAGAUAUACAUCUCAUACAAGCUUUUGUCGACAGUAUGAACCAAAACAAUAGUGGCUUAAUCCAAAGCCAGACAGACUGGCCCGAACAGCAAGCAGAUACUGGUAACAAUAUGGAAGAAAAUGCAGAUUCUGCAUUUAGUGAUAUCCUGCAAAAAUCAAAAGACAUUCAUGUUGCCAUAGAAACAUUAGGGGAUUUAAAUACAUCUGAAAACAAAAUGGCCGAUCAUGAUGGAACUCCAGGUGACCUUGACAGUGAGAGAAGGACAUCUAUUGAGGGAAUGGAAUAUAGCACAAACAAUAAUAUAGAACCCAAUGCUGGUUAUGAAGGAAGCCUAGCUGAUCUUCAUGGAUUUAACCAACAGAUUUUUCGUUUGAGAGAUUACCAUAGAAACAAGUUUAUACAACAGGAUGUAAGGAAAGAUAAAUUAUCACGGAACAGUAGUUCAUGUCCGUCUUUAAAAAGUCCUGAUUCAGAAGUUGCUCCUGCCAGAAAUGUGAAUGAAGGGCGCCAUAGUUCUAUGCACAAUCUGGCCAAAGAUGAGGAACAGUCAGCACUGGCCGAGGAGUCCACCCCAUAUAAUGAAGAACUCAAUUCAGAUAUUCAAAUUGUAUCGGAUGAUGAUUCUCGAGUACAAAUUUGUGUAAAUGGCAUCACUCUUAAUAGUUCUGAUGAUAUUAGAUUGGACACUAGCCUAAAUAGGUUUAUUAAGGAUUACUAUGGGGACAACACCCCUGGAGUAAGACGCCGGAGUAGCUGGUGUCCACAAACAUCAACAAUCACCGAAGAUCUUCAUAAAAAAUAUGUCACCCAGAAUUCUUUCUCACAGGGAAAAAGAGAUAUAGACCAGAAAAGACAUGCCUUCUAUGCAAGUUUGAACCAACUUGAUGGAGAUGAUUCAGACGAUUCCUACCAUGAUGCCAAGGAAGACAACAUAUCAACCAAUCGACAAAAUCCAUUAGACAUGGAUGCUAUUAGUAUAUCACCUUCAGAAUCAGGCUGCUCAAGUCCUUUCUAUAAAGAGGCUUCCGACGAGAGAGGUUAUGAGCAAGGUUUAACAGGAGAUUCCCUCAUUGGAACACUUUACCAUUUACAACAAGAACUUGUUACUCCAAGAGACAAGAAAAAAACUCAGGUCCGGAAUUUGUCUGAGGAGAUUAAUCAGAGUGGUGACUCUGAAGAAGAGAAUUCUAAAUUGACUGUUCCUCAACAUUCCAGUAACAUGACUAAAGCACAGUCAACACCUUCAAUACCACAUGCUGUUUCGUCAAGUGAAAAAUUGGGGCAUACACGGGAUCCAAAGCAACCACACCAUAGAUCCUACCUUUAUAUACAAAAACUCAUAGAAGAACAUGAUGCUCAGUUCCGUCGUCAAAGGGAAAUUGAGGAAGAUGAUGAUGAAAAUACAAACAGAAUGCUGGCAGAAGAUAGAAAUAAGAAAUCUAAACUUUCAUUGUUAGAUUUUCUUAAUGACUCAAGUUUGAAUGAAGAACAGAAAUUAGCAAAGAAAGAAGAGAAGAAAAGAAAAACAAGUGUCUUCUCUCGAAUAUCAAGCAGCUACAGAACAAAAAAGAUUUUUAAAAAACGUAAAAAACAUAGGAUCAGAAAGCAUAAAGACAAGGAAGGUAAAGGGAAGAAUACACACCAGUUUGUGUCUGUAUCUGUCAGCAACUCUACACCAUGUGCUGUGUGUAACAAGUCUAUGGCUAAUAAGUUAGCCCUUAGAUGUGAAAACUGCCUUAUAAAUGUGCAUGAGAGUUCCUGUAAAGAACAAGUGACUGCCUGUGGCAGACUUGGGGGACCAUUAUCUACACAGAGUAUGAAGCUUCCACCAAGAGAAGGAGGAGAUCACAGAAUGUUAAAGGAGAAGCAACACUCAGCAUCUUCAGUAACAGGCUUACGCCACACACAGUCUUUCAAGGACAACAGAUCAGCGUCAGCACCAUCUCGUUCACAGGUAACCUCAACACCUCUCAGCGCUAGCAUAGGCUCGUCAAAUAUAUUGUCUUCUAUUCCUGACUCCGACCCAGAGCUUGAGCUAGAGAAUCCCAACGUAUUACAUCGGCUUAGUUUGCCUCCUUCUAGUUUAUCAUCACAGCUGGCUCAAGCAGGCUAUAUACCAUGGCGUAAGGCACACAAAUUUCACGAUGUUCAUAAGCCAAUCGAUGAAGACUUGGAACAGGAGACAUUUAGAGGAGUUCUCCUUCAAGGAUCCAGUACAGAUGGCCCUACAGAAUCUCACGAGUCAUCUGAUGAAAUUGAUGCACCAAGUGAUAGUAGCAGUGUGCAGAUAAAUGACGACUUUUUAACGGUAUAUAAAGAAGAACCAGAACACUGGAGUGUGACGGUAGAUAAAAAGAUUUUAAAGAAAAUGAAUUCAAAGGAUAUUAAGAGACAGGACACAAUUUGGGAAUUGAUACAAACAGAAAGACAUCAUUGCAGAACACUUAAAAUUUUACAGAAGGUAUACAGUCAGGGCAUACUUCAUGAUUUACUGAUGCCGCCAGAAACUGUUGACAAAUUGUUCCCCAAACUAGAUGAACUUAUAGAUAUUCAUAUGACAUUCCUCCAAAACUUACAAGAUUUACAGAACAAACGACCUGACCAUAGCGUGGAAUUUAUUGGAGAUACUUUAGUUAGACAGUUUAAUGACGAGUCAGCAGAAAGUAUGAAGAAAUGUUAUGGAGCAUUUUGUGCUAAUCAAAAAGAAUCAGUGCAAUUUUAUAAAGAUCUUCUAAUUAAAGAUAGAAAAUUUGUUACUUUUAUACAGAGAUGCAGUCAUCACAGUUUAUGUAAAAAGCGUGAUAUUCCAUCAUUUUUACUGUUAGUAACUCAACGUCCAACUAAAUACCCAAUACUCAUAGAACAUAUACUCAAAAGUACAAAAGAUAAGAAAGACCGAGAGUGUUUAAGUAAAGCCUUACAAUUAAGUAAAGAGUUACUGCAAGGAAUAGAUGAACAUGUUGAUGCAUACGAAUUAAAACGAAGACUUUCAGAAAUUUACCAAAAAUUGGAUUCAAAGUCUUUUGCAACAUAUAAAAACAGAAAAUUUAAAAGAUCAGAUAUAUAUGCUAACAAUAGAAGUUUAUUGUAUGAUGGGCAGGUCCACAUGAGAAGUGCUAGAGGAAAACAUACAGAAGUAAUAUGUGUAGUUUUAACAGAUCUUAUAUUUUUCCUGCAAGAUGUCAAUGGUAGAUACAAUUUUCAUUCCCAAGAUGACAAGUCCUGUGUAAUACCUCUCUUUGAACUGCUGGUCAGGGAAAAGUGUGACACUAGAGAUAGUCGUGGAAUAUACCUCAUAAGUCAUAACAAGAAAAAUCCUGAGAUGUACGAGAUUGUGUGUAAUACAUCAACAGAUAGACAGAAAUGGAUAUCUAUACUACAGAAAGCUGCAACUAACUGUCCCCCAGAUUCUGCAGAAGUGGAUGAGGAAGAUAGUUUAAGAGAAGAACAAAGACGUCAAACAGAGUCAAGGUCAGCUAAGGUCAAUGAAAUCAUAGAGCAGUUACAUAAAAAAGAUUACGAUAUCAAGCAGAUUUGUGAUGACAAAAAUAGAUUAAUGGUAGAACUAUUAGAAAUAUACAACAAUAGAGAGGAAAAUACAUCUCGGAGACCUGGUUCAAUGGAAGAUGAAGGCACUGAACAUAUGGAAGCACUGCAGGCAGCACUUCAAGAAGUUUCAGUGACUGCAUCCCAUUUAACCACAAUACUACAAGGAAACAAUGGCAAUGGUUCUCAGCUAAGUCGUCAUGUUAGUAGUGUGGGGGAACAUUUCAGUAACUCAUACUCAGUACCACCAGUGCCAAAAAGGGCUGAGACAUUUGCAGGAUUUGAUAGUCAGUUUGAGGUGCCAAAAGCUUUAUUACCAAAGAAGAAGCAAAUCUCAGAGGCUGAAGAACUUGAAGGUCAAACUUCAAGUAGUUUACAAAACUUAGAUAGGGCAGUAGAUAGUGACUCAGAGUUAUCUCAACUUGCUGAUGUUUCUAUGGCAUCAUAUAAGCAUAUUGAACAUGAUGACUCUAUGGACAGUAGCAAAGUGUAUGAUAGAUACAGUAGUGAUACUGGUUCCUAUGGUGAUAUGUCUGGUUCCUCUACAUAUUCAACGUGGGUGUCAGGUGACCAUGUCCACUCAAUAGCCCAGCUCUCAAGAUCUCUUCAAAGCAUUGUACAUUUGACAGAAAAACAAGUGACAGCAGUAGAGAGUCUGAGGGCACAACUGGCUGAGGCAAACGAAAAAAUCAAUAAUUUAUCAGCGGAGGUUCACGAUAGAAAAGGAGGACUGAGACAUAAUCAACUAGAGGAACUUCGUAACUUACAGGAAGAGGUAAGGAGAGACAGACAGAAACUUGAAAAAGAAAAGGAGAGAGAAAGAAUGGUGAUAGAACAUGAAAGAACAAGUAUUGAGGAAGAAAGGAAGGAGCUUGAAAAGAAAGAAUCUGAACUUCAAAAUCAUAGAGAUGACUUGAAGAGGAAGAAAGAAAUGUUACAAAGGCAGCAAGACUUGUGGGAGGAAGCACAUCAAAUGUCGAAAACUAAUAGUUCCCCUGGAAUGACAAAUAAUGAUGUAGAAACUCGACCAGAUAAGGGUCGAAGUUCACCUGCAAAUUUAGAAAAUAACAAUUCUCAUCGGAGAUCAGCCUCAGCAGAUUUUUGUCAAAUGAUUGAAAAUGACAUGGAAAACUUACGACAAGGACAUUUAAAGACAAGUAGACGUGGAACAGAUGUUUCAAGAUCAGAUUCGAGAGCAUCUAUUCCAAAUUCUAGUUUUACAUCAAAUAAAAUGAACUUGCCUAUUCAUUUAAUUAGUGCUAAGAAUGAACAAAAAGUGAACCCCAUUAAUCCACAGCAGAUUCCCACAAAAUUAUUAUCAGGACAAAGUUCAGCGUCGUCUUUAUCGCAUAAACUGCCAUAUAAACUGGCGAGUAGUAAUAGUGCUAGUUCCCUGCCCUCUCAGGGAUCCAGUAGUCAAUUACCCACAAACGCCAGUAGUUCUAGUCUGAACCAAAAAUCUUAUACCUCAAAUCGUGGAAAUACAAAACAGCCAGGGGCACCAUCACAGUUGAUGGGGGUGAUGAAACUGGCUCAGCCUGGUGGCGCCAAACCAAAAUCUCCAGGUUCUAAUAUGUCGUCAGAUGGAAAACAAGGAUCUCCAAAACCAGACCAAAAAGGAAAUAAAUCAGAUGGGGUCAUAUACUUUUAACAUGAAUGAAUUGUGUGGAAUAGUAAAUAAAGCAGCAUAAGAAACAGGGAUGCAGAGCAGUUUAACUGACUCAUGUUAGAUAUGUAUUGGCUUGUUGAGGAACAUGUGAUAUUAGACAUAACUAUAUUAUGUUAUGUCGGACCCGAAUGUGACUAAAGUCUGCUAACCAAUUAUGGAGUGAAGUAGCAGACGACAAAAUAUGUUAAUCUCAAACUUAAAUCAUGCUGGACAUGAUUUUGCUGUUUGUGUUCACUGAUAUUGACUUAAACAGCAUUUAUUUUACAUCAUUGUGAUGAUUUGAUCAUGUAACCAUAGUAACCAUCUAAGGGAGGUAAUGUAGAGGUUUUAUGUGCCAUAUAUAUAUUUUCAAUUUUGUUUCAAAAAUGAAAAAGUUUGUUUGGUUUUUUUAAGUAAGCAACUUUUAAUCAGUAGGAUUGUAAAAAUAUGUUAAAAUUAUCAAUAGUUUUCUUGUCUGUUUACUUCAAACAUCAUAUUGUACAAGCUAGAUGUUUGUAAAUGUAGAAACCAAUUGUAAAUUUUCAGUUUAAUAAUUUUGGAUUUUUAUUUUUAUAAUCACAAUUAGAGAGUUUUUUCUUGGAAUAAAAUGGAAAAAAAAUAAAAUAAAAUAAUAUUUUGAGAAAAAAAUAGUUUCACAAAUAUAUAGAUAUAUAUAUAUAUUUUGAUGAGUCUAUGAAAUAUGAUUUUUAGAGGAGAAAUAGAAGAAUGAAAGGUUUUUUUUUUAAAAGUCAAAUUUUAUGACAGUUAUUGGAUUGUUAAUUUUUUUAUAAAAACUUUGUAGCAACUGGUUUGCACAUUGUUUUAUUGUAAGUACAUUAGGCAUUUAACCAAUGAAACAGAAAUAUCGCACUGAAUUUACUAAAUCUCAUGUAAAAAUUGUUCAAAUUAAACAAGGACAUAAAAUUUCCCAGCAUGCAUUUUGUUGACAAUUUGUCAGCCUUAUGGCUAAUUUUCUAUCAGAUAUGUUUAUAAAGUCAGGUGAUAAACUGAUAAAAAAUUGGGUUAAUUCCAGAUUUGACAUUCCUACACAUGAAGUAAAAAAAAAAUGUUUUUAUGGUUUUGUUUUUUAUAGAAAUUUUGGAUGUGCAGCAAUGUUUAUUUGUUUUGAACAGUAGAUUUUUUGAUACAUUUAAUUUCAGUGUUGAUUGUUAAUAUAAAAGUGCUAAUUCACUAAAUGUUGUUGCAGGAGUUAAUCAAAUUUGAUUGGAUGAUUUGUUCUCGGGUACUACUUUUCAUAAACAUUCCAUUUUUCAUGUUUUGCUCUCAUCUUCAUUUUUCAUAUUUUUUAGGGUUACACAUGAAAUUCAAUUUGGAACCAAGAAUGAAUUAAAAAAACAUGCUUUUCAAUAAUUUUCUUUAAACUAAAAUAGAUAUUUUAUGAACCUCGUUUUUUUUAUUGUAAGGUACCCGAGAAUUAGCCAAUACAAAACCAGAUUUAGAAAAUCAAUUGUCACAGGAAAAAAUCGUAAGGCAAAAUAACCUCUAAAGUAGACGAGGAUUGAAUUUAAAUUCCAAGGAUUGAAUCAUGUUUCUGAUUUUCUAUGUACAUUGUAGGACAUAGAUUUAUUUAUUUUUUUCUGAAAAAAAAAUGGCCAAAAAUAUUUAUAGGAAUCAUGAGAAAGUGUUUUUGCUAGAUCGAAGUGUACAAAGUAUCAGGGAUAACAUUUCAUUUGUAGGUCAAUAUUUGUAUAAAAUUGUAUAUUUUUGAUAAAUCAGUAUCUCCUCUAAAACAUCCAUGAAAGAUGCUUAAAACAUCAAGAUAUAUAAUACUGAUACUGUGCAAUGUAGAAAGGCUUAUUAAUUACCAAACUUUACAUGUAUGUAAAUACUCAAAACUACCAGAAGUAAUUCACCAUUUUAGAAUCUAUUGCAUUCUGGGUAAGAUUUUCAAAAGAUUACACCAAAACAUUGUGAUUGGCUAAUAACAUGCUAAACAAUAGAAUUUCAACCAACGAGGUGUGAUUUUGGAAUAUAAAUGAAGAAAUUACCCAUAAUCCUUUAGAUUUUGAAUUGACUAAUUGUUCAAGGAGACAAAGAAAUUCAUCUUCUGUAAACAAGAUAACAGAUUGAUAAACCAUUGAGAUAGAAGAAAGGUAAUUUACCAAACUGAAAAAUUCAGAAGAAAAUUAAGAGAGAAUUUUUGAAAUUUUUUAAACAUAUUGUUUAAUAUUAUUUAGUUUGACUUACUAAUAAGAGAAAUAUACAUGAAAAGUAUAUCAGUUAAAUAAUAUGACUUUAAUAUGUGUUAAUUUUUUUUUUAUAGUAAAAAUGUUCAUAUCAUCUAAGUUAAUAGAUAUUACUUAAUUUAUUACUAUAGCAAUAAAAGCAUUAUUGUUUAUUAUUUAUUGAUUGAGGAUUAUUACGAAAUAAUCCGAGUAAAUAUAUGAGUAAUUUGUAUUUUUCGAAAUAAGAGCAAUUUAUGAAUUUGCUCUAAUUAUUUGGUGUAAAUCACUAAAUAUGGACUUGUAAAUCUAAAUGUCCAGAUCAAUGAUCUUGAUUGUUAAUGGUGUAAAUACCUGAUAUUAACCACUUUCGUGACCCUGAUUUCUGGGUUGAUUAAUUAACAUUGUUAUUUUCUCAUGAUAACUUUAUACAUUUUAUUAUUAAAUGAUUAAAAAUAUUGGUUUUUAGUAAAGGUGAAGAAACAA